AAACAAUAGACAAUAGCCUUCGUGUGAAACGUGGGCCCAUUAAAGUGUUAAAACAAGCAUGACUCCGAGAAGUAAUAUACAGUGGAAUGUGGAAACGAAUAGACUACCAUAGAUUAUGCGUGUCUCUUGUUAGAAUCACCUAUAAAAAGGAGAUUCGACAGGUCCAACAACCAUUCGGUUUAUAUCGUCGCGGCAUCGCCAGCUCCUUCUUUAUCGCCGGAAAUCCACAGCCCCAUCUGCCGGGAUACCUCGAGGACAAAAUGGCGAAGGUCGUCUUAUACUCCGACGAAAUAAGUCCACCGUGUCGUUCGGUUCUACUUACAGCGAAGGCGAUCGGGCUAGAGCUGAACAUUCUCGAGACCAGUCUCGCCAGCAGGGACCACUUGAAGGAGGACUACUUAAAAAUCAAUCCCCAGCACACGAUCCCAGCGUUAAACGACAAUGGCUUCAUACUCGCGGAAAGCCACGUUAUCGCCUGCUACCUGGUCGACAAGUACGCGAAAAACGAUUCCUUGUACCCGAAGGACUUGCAGAAACGCGCCCUCAUCAAUCAGCAGCUCAUCUUCGACGCGGAACGGCAUUUCAAUCCUGCGAAGAGAGUCUUCAAACCAAUAAUCUUCCUGGAUCAGAAGGAAAUUGCCGAGGAGGGAUCGACGGCCUUGAAAGAGGCCUACGAGAUCAUGGACAAGCACCUGGAGGGUAAGAAGUGGUUCGUCGGGGAUUCCUACACCCUCGCGGAUCUGUGUUCCGCCGCCACUACGUCCAGUACCUCCGUGGUGAUCAACCUGGACGAUUACCCGAACGUGAAAGCUUGGCUGCAGAGAUGCGAGAAGGAGCUGCCCGGCUACAAAGAAGUGAAUUUGCCAGGAGCUACCAAAUUGCACGCUGCCAUUCUCGCGAAACUCGCCUGAACGUAUUCAAUCGGUACCUUUUACCCCUUUGUUUCUCAAAAGUGCGUAGGAUUUCAGGGGUAUGUCUAUACACACCCUGCAGUUGAAAAUAAUUUUUUUAGAACGAUUUGUAAUUUUUUUUUUCGCCGAAAAAUUUAGGCACCUA